AUGGCUACUCUACCACAUAUCGAGAUGACGUCCCUCGUAGACGAUCUCGAGCCAAUUUUGCAAUCCAACUAUGGAUAUGGAAGCGUGUACCACUACACAGAGACGUUCAUCGAUGCUCCAGACCCCUGUUUGACGAUCGAAGGCGUCGGAACCCUCAAAUAUCCUUUGGACGAAGCCGAAGCGGAUAUGAUCAAAUCAGCCCCGUACACGCCCUGUGCAGGUGGUGGACGACGUCUCGACCCGAAAGCGGUUUCUAUCAGCAACGACUUGCUGCUUUGGCUCCGCGACACGGUUUUGGAACCUGUAUGUGACACUUUGCAUAUCCCGGAUACGGAAGAGGAGGAACCGCAUCUGCGGCUUCACAGUGUCGUGUUCUAUCCCCAGGGCUCAAGAUAUCUCUCGAACGAGCGGUCCAACAUCCCGGAUGACGCAGUCGCCUCGGUGGCCGUUGCACUCUACUCUUCCCACUGCGAAGGAGGAGAGCUGACGUUCAAGUGGGGCGAUAUGAAGGCAACGCUCGGAGAAUUCGAACCUGAACAAGCGAAGGGCCCAGUACAUACCCGCGUCAUUGGCUGCUUCAUCGACACUCAGCAAAUCAUGGAACCGAUCACCUCUGGAUACCAACUCAUCCUUUCCUACGACCUUAUCCAUCCCUCUCCCGAGGUUACCCGCUCAGCGCUGAUAGACUCGGCCGACGUCGAGGACGACUUCCGUGAGAUUCUACGUCGAUGGUCGACGCAGCAGUACAUGCUCGGCGUCCCGUCUCCACCCCUGGUGGUUCACAACCUAGGACCACAUACACUGUACGACCCAAAGGCACUUGCGCAAUGGGGCAUGAAGGUCCUGAAAGGACCCGAUACUCCCAAAGUUGCUUGCUUGCAGCCCAUAGUGGAAGAAUUGGGUUUCAAGAUCGGCUUUGCUACGCUCACGCUCAACCGUGGCAUGGGUCCAGAGACAUGCGACUGCGAAGCCUCCAAAGCGUGUGACGCCUGCGCUGCCUCCGGUCACUACACAGACAGCUACUACCUAUCAGGAAUGGUCGGACUGGACGGACAAGAAUUGUUUGGCCCUGGACUUUACCAGUCGAACCCCAACCCUUUGGUUUCGGAACUCGCUAUUAUCCCAUCUGUAGAACCCUAUGAAACGCAUGACUUUCCCCCACUAGCCGCGGAUGUCAGUCGCACCAUCAAGAUUACUACCACCGCACUCCUCCUUUUCGACGGCCGAGACGAGUCAUUCAUCAAGUUUCACCUCAACGGCGGAAUCCCGUUGAGCUGGUACAAGUCAGAUACCUUCAACCGAAUUCUUUCAUACUCCUCCACCGAUCACGCCAAAGACAUUGCCUUGAACGUUCUACGGGCCUUCCAAGACCCCGUUCUUUCACUUUCCCGCCCCUUUCCGCUUUACCCCAGAGCUACUGCGCUGACACUGAUGAGCAAGGCGAUUCGUUGGCAUGAUUUUCCAAUCUGGGAGAAAUCUGCUGCUCUUGUUGAUUAUUUCAUCCCUGCUAUCGAGCUCGAAGGAAUCAAGAAAGCGCUGAUGGAAUUUGGACUCGAUGUGAUGCGGGAGACGUUAUUUGUGCUGAUCGACAACAACUACUGCUUCACGACACGACUUGACCUGAUCAAGGCUGUCUCAUCACUGUUCCAACACAGCCUUGCAAAGCGCCUCUGCGACGCCCUUUACUCGCACGCGAUGAGGACAUAUAACGCCGGCGAUCCUGGCGACGCUGCCGCGCUGGUGGAAGCGAUGCACAACUUCGACAAUGGUUCGAAGAUCAUGCUUGACAUGCACCUUGGCCAGGCGGAACCUGCAUUUUGGAUGCAGCUCGCCCUCUACUUGCAUGCCAGAUUGAUUCUCAACCAGGAACAAGAGGCCAGAAACCGUCUGCCCUUGGACAAACUCAUUGAUCGAUGUGUACAUGCUUGCCUUCCGUUGUGGACACCUUUCAGAGACAUCUGA